AUGGACUCAUCGCUAGUGCAUGUGUGGUUGAUUGCGAAUCCAACCAGUGGACGCGGCCGUGGAAAAGUACUGCAGCGCCGUAUUCAAAAGGCACUCCAAUCAAAAUGCCCAACAGCCAUCACACGUGUGCGGACGGCGAGUGAAUUGUUGCCGCACACAACCGCAGAGAAGAGUCAACAACAACAACAACGAGAAAGAGAAAAAGAAAGGGAAAGAGAAGAAGAAGAAGAGUUUGGAUUUUCAGAGGGGAAUGAGAGUAAUGAGUCUAUCUCGUUUGAGGGAGAUGGGACUGGAUUGUGUGUAGAUAUCAUCAGCACGGAAAUGAACAUCCGUGGACGUGAAAUUGCCGAACACAUUGCACGGAAUAUAGUAACAACCCGACUGCGGCGAUGUAUAAGAAAUGCAGGAGGGACAAUAAAAACAACAAAAACGACUACUACUACUACUACUACUACUAAUACUAAUGAUAGUAGUACUACUACUACUACUACUACAACUACUACUACGACUACGAAUGGUAAUACGACUACGAAUGAAGCCUCUUUAUCUGAGGAAGGGGAAGUUCUUCAUAUAUUUGCUGCUAUGGGUGGAGAUGGUUCUUUAAGUGAUGUUGUGAACGGUAUGUGUUUUGGUACUCUCUCGGCUUUUCAUGAACUUCUCCCAACACUACUACAUCACAAUGUAGAAAAGGAAGAGAAGGAAGAAAAGGAAGAGAGGGAUCAUCAUAAUGAUUGUUAUUCUAAACGUUAUUAUUGGCAAUCACUUGAGGAUAAAUCUAUUUUACGACAUUUUCUCCCUCCUUUAAUAUAUAUAUGUGCAGGAACAGGUGCGGACUUUUCACGGCUUAAACUUAGCUGUUCAAAUGAAAAUGAAUUUGUAUCUAUUGUACGCGGUAUAUAUGAACAGGUGAUAUCGCAUUCACCUUCACAAACUAUUUCCAGAAUAUAUAUGGGAGUAGUGCAUGUGAAAAGGAAUGUGGAUAAUGAUAAAGAAGAAGAAGAAGAAGAAGAAGAGGGUAAGCUUCCACGUGAUGCUUCCCAAUCUAUCUAUAAGAAAACAAAUAGAAACAAAAACGAAUUAUCUGGAUUUAAAGUAUAUGAUGUGGAUGUUGGUCGUGUGAAUUUCCCACGAAGUGGACGACAUUACUUUUUUAUUAAUGAAUGUUCAUGUGGAAUGUCAUGCGAUGUUAUUGAAAAGGCUAAUAAGUAUAGAAAAAACAGAUUACUUUCUAUGACUGGAGGAACAGUUAUGUUUGCUCUUGCCUCUAUAGUUUCACUUGUACAAAUGAAACCCAAACCAUUUCGUCUCUUUCCACUCCCUGCAGUUGUGGAGAUCCCAUCCAACCGUCUAAUCCCACGAUGUGUAAAUAGUACACUUCUUCAUCCACACACAUUAACUACAACAAUAGCAUUUCAAGGUGUACAAGAAGAUUUGGAUUGGUUACAUAAAUGUCAGGGAAAUGAUAUACUUCCAGAGACAGAGCCACUUCGCUAUGGUGCUAAUUACUAUCUUUACAAUGUGAAUGAUAGAAAUAUUUCUCCGUCUAAUGUGGAUAGUAUUUCCACUGUAGAUAAUACACCUAAUCCAUUUUACUCCGAUAACAAAACGCGUGAGGCUAAAAUACCAAGUGAAAUCCUCGCCGCUGUGGAGGAUUCUAACGGUGAAAAUGGGUGGAUUUGUUUUCCAUCCUCUACACUAGUAUUUGGAAAUGGACGAUGGUUUGGUGGGGGUUUGCAGGUAACACCACACGCUAAUCCCACAGAUGGUCUUUUAAGUAUAACGAACUGGGUAGCCACAUUCUUUCGCUUUGUUUCGCAUAUUCCUUCUAUAUAUACUGGCAAUCAUACACAUUGGCCAUCCACAACAACAUGGAAUACGGCGCGGUCUAUUGUAGAUGUAGAUUCGCGUUCCUUUAAAAGUCCUUCUGGGGGAAAUACAAAUCCAUCCUCGCAUAAAUUAAAUGGAGAGGCCUUAUUGACGUGUUUGGAAAUAGACGGUGAACUCAGAGAACAACUACCUUGUAUUGUGGAGAUGUGUGGAAUUGUAACAAUACUGGUACCAGUUCGUUCAGGGAAAAAAGGAGAGAAUUGGAGUGGAAAGAACAACAAAAAUGAUUAA